AUGGCGACCCGCCUCCGCCCCCCGCCCGAAGUGAAGAAAAAGAAGGCUGGCUGGGGUGCUACACCUAGCAGGCAGCCUUUGAGUGUAGAAGAGAUACUACGCAAAAAGAAAGAGGCGGAUGAAGUUGCUUCAAAGCCCAAAUUUCUAUCGAAGGCGCAGCGCGAAAAGCUAGCUCUUGAGAAGCGAGAGAAAGAGGUUGAGGAGCAAAAAAAGAAGACCGAUUCUUCUGCGAAUACCAGCAGGGCAACCCGAAAUGGAGACAAAAGUGCCCCAGCUCAGCCCAUUAGAAAUGGAGCAGGCCGACCUGCAACGCAGACAAGCGGAGUCAAUGGAUCUGCUCGUCCUCCAGUACCAACUGGUCCGAGAGCUUUGCGGAAAGGCGAGAUACCGACAGGGCCUGCUUCCAUGCGUGCCUCGGAGCCAAACAAAGGCUACGACAUGGCUCCUCCACCUCCUCCAAAGCCAUCAGUAAUCGGCACGUCUGCAGCCAAAGGGGAAAAGCGACCUGCUAUUGAAGAGGCUCAGCAGAAUUUGAUAAAACAACGAUAUAUGGGCGCGGACCAAAACCAAUCCACCUUUUCGGCCAAGAAGAAGCGGAGGCGGACUACAGAAAAGAAGUUCAACUUUGAGUGGAACGCAGAGGAGGAUACAAGCCCGGACUACAACCCGCUGUAUCAGGCACGAGCAGAGGCAACAUUCUAUGGCAGAGGCCGCUUGGGAGGAUUUUCAGAAGACUUGGCUGACAGCGCAGCUCGUAAUUACGCUAGAGCCUUGCAAGAUACGGAUCGCGACUCAGGCAAGGCUAGAGCGAAGGAGAUGAUGGAGAUGGAGAGGAGAAGGAAGGAAGAGGGUGGUAGAAGCUCGUUAGACAAACAUUGGAGCGACAAGAGGCUAGAGCAUAUGCGCGAAAGAGAUUGGAGAAUCUUUAAAGAAGACUUCAAUAUCAGUACAAAAGGUGGAGCUAUCCCGAACCCCAUGCGCUCAUGGGCAGAAUCAGGCUUGCCAAAGAAAUUGCAGGACGUCGUGGACCUUGUCGGCUAUACCGAACCUUCUGCAGUACAGCGCGCUGCCAUCCCUAUCGCCCUUCAAUCUCGAGAUCUUAUCGGUGUUGCUGUGACAGGUUCGGGUAAAACAGCAGCUUUCCUAUUACCCCUUUUGGUCUACAUAUCGGAACUUCCAGCCCUCAAUGAGCUGACGAAAAACGAUGGUCCCUACGCUGUCAUCUUGGCUCCUACUCGUGAGUUGGCUCAACAGAUCGAGAUCGAAGCAAGGAAAUUCGCGACUCCUCUUGGGUUUACGUGUGUCAGUAUUGUUGGAGGUCACUCUCUCGAAGAACAGGCCUACAAUCUACGGGAUGGAGCCGAGAUCAUUAUUGCCACACCUGGCCGUCUGGUUGACUGCAUCGAGAGGCGAGUGCUCGUACUUGGACAAUGCUGUUAUGUCAUCAUGGAUGAAGCAGACAGAAUGAUCGAUCUUGGCUUCGAGGAGCCAGUCAACAAGAUUCUCGAUGCCCUUCCCGUCGCAAAUAUGAAGCCAGACUCAGAAGAAGCAGAAGAUGCUGUUGUCAUGAGCCAACACUUGGGCGGGAAAGACCGCUAUAGGCAGACAAUGAUGUACACAGCUACUAUGCCCUCAGCUGUCGAACGGAUAGCCCGGAAGUACCUUCGUAGACCAGCCAUCGUCACCAUCGGCAAUGUCGGCGAAGCUGUCGAGACCGUCGAGCAGCGUGUCGAAUUCGUGGCAGGCGAAGAUAAGAGGAAGAAGCGCUUACUCGAGAUCUUAUCGUCAAGAGAAUUCCAACCACCUGUCAUCGUCUUCGUGAAUAUCAAACGCAACUGCGAUGCUGUUGCUCGGGAUAUCAAGCACAGUGGUUUCUCGUCUGUCACAUUGCAUGGGAGCAAGACCCAAGAGCAAAGAGAAGCAGCGUUGGCGUCCGUCCGGAGCGGCGGUACUGACGUGCUUGUUGCUACGGAUCUGGCAGGCAGAGGUAUUGAUGUGCCUGAUGUCAGUCUGGUGGUCAACUUCAAUAUGGCGACUAACAUCGAGAGCUACACCCAUCGUAUUGGUCGUACAGGUCGUGCUGGGAAGAGCGGUGUUGCUAUUACCUUUCUUGGCAACGAGGACUCUGAUGUUAUGUACGAUCUCAAGCAAAUGCUUUCAAAGUCUUCGAUCUCCAGGAUGCCUGAGGACCUCCGAAAGCACGAAGCAGCACAGCAAAAGUCGCAGAGAGGUAGUGGCCAGAAGAAGAUAGAGGACAGUAGUGGCUUCGCCGGGAAGGGCGGCUGGCAAUAG